CCAAGCCAAACCUAUAUCGGGAUCGACAGAUGCACUCCGGCUGCUGCUUGCCUGCAUGUGGUUCCAACUUCAGCCUUGUCCCGUGGUGCCCCCAUGCCCAUUGCCCACCAUCUCUUUUUGUGAUACAUGCACUGUCUGGCUGUCUGGCUGUCUGGCUGUGCUCUCAGGCUCUCUGCACCUGCAAUGCCCAGUCUGCCAGUCCGUAGCGAGUACCUGCGUACCUGCGUACCUCCUUCAAACCCGUCACAAACCCGUCACACCCUUUCACAAGGCAUCCUUGCCUGUCCCGUUGCAACGCUGUCGCCGCCGAGUCCGUGUCCUUCCCGUCCGUGUCCCGACCCCAUUCGACUUCCGGGUCGGACAGCUGCUGGAACAUCCAUUGGCAGCUUGCGGUCAGAGCUGGGCUUGAACAGGCGACCCACGGGGAGCCGCGCUGGGGUCCAGUCUCAUUACAAACCCUCCGCCCGGUUCUCGUCCUCCUGUCCACGGUGAACUCGCUGCUCACACUGAUAUCCACACUGGCUCUGACACGCUGCCAUUGGCACAGGCACAGGCGCAGGCACAGGCACAGGCGCAGGCACAGGCACGUCAGGACCUCACCAGCCCGCCGGAAACGAGAUUCAAUACGCCACCCUGGUCUGCCCUGACCACUGCUCUGGGUCCUCUUGCCCAAAACCAUCAGCCUGCCACAUACCCACCACCGAGGCCUCACUCUAGGUGGCCCACCCUCUUCCCUCGGCUCCUGGCCCUCUCUCUCUCGGCACCUCGUUUCAUAGUAUCGCUGAGUCCACCAGCAGUGCGGUGGGGAGACGGAAAGAGGGGCCUCGGUUGGUCAUCAGCGACGAGCAGGUUCCCUAUUAGGGCAUCUCUUUCGCAAAUACCACCUCCCGCCCGUCUUGGUCCGUACCGCACUACAUCCAAUACUCCGUACUCAAGGACGGUUCGGCUCGAGAAAGCACCCCUCUCUGAGCCCUCCUCUGACACUAUGGUCUAUUGUGGCAAGGCGUCCUUGGGAUGCUCGUCAUGUCGUAAGCGGCGGAUAAAGUGCGACAGACGGCAACCGGAAUGUACACAAUGUAUCCGUGUGUCAAAGGUGUGCCCGGGUUAUCGAGACCAGCUCUCGCUGAUGUUCCGGGACGAGACGGUGAAAGUUGAGAAGAAGGUGCGCGCCUCCUGGGGAUGUGAAGAUGGAGCUGCGUCGUCGUCAGCCUCUUCCUCAGCGGACGUCCCUGUUCGAAAAGGCCCGGCCAAGACCAAGAGGUCUUCUUCAAUGGCGUCCUCAGUAACAUCCGGGUCGAUAUAUGUAUCAACGCCUUCGCCUUCAUUCGCCUCCGCCUCUCCAAUAUCGCCCAACUCUUCACGUGUCCGGGGCGGCAGCUCCUCACCGCUGACCGCUACAAGCAGCCCCACGACGACACGGUGGAAGAUUGAGGGCUGGGACUCAUCCAAACUGCCGCCAGCCAUACCUACGGACCCGACCGAGCUUGGGCUCACAUUCUACGUCAACCAUUACAUCAUCGGAUACCCGGACGAGGUCAGGAAGGCGGAGGACCUCAGCAGUCAAACGUGGUUCCAAAGCUCUUCAUCUCAAACCACCAUGGCCGCCCUCGGUCUGGCUGGGAUGGCGAAUUUGCACGAUGACAAGCAGCUACAGCACUUGUCGAGAAUAAAAUACGGCGAGGCCCUCGCGCUCACGAACAAUGCCCUGCACAAUCCAUUACAAAAUCUGGAGGCGGCUAUCAAGACUACCGUCAUGCUUGCUCUGUUCCAAUGCGUUCGCGCACCUCACGAGUCUCACGACAACGUCAGAGUUCAUCUGUUAGGUUGUCUGGCCCUCAUAAGGUCAGCGCUGCCAGUUGCCACCGCACCGACGCUGGGAAUCAGGGGCGUGCUACAAUUAUGCUACUCAUUGCUUAUACCAUGCGUCACGAGCGGCGUGAGCCUCCCAGAGAACUUUUUCGACUGGCUUCGGGAGAGAAAGACCCUUGACCUCCUCCCCGAGGACGAGAAACCGGGCGCCGACCUCGUUUCGAUCAUCGCAAGAUUCGCACGGCUCAGCGCCACGCUUCGUGCCACGACACUUGUCGACGGGACCGGGGCCAGUGAGCAAAUGCUGCAGCAACUGCUAGCCGUGGACGCGGAGAUGGAUGGCUGGGAAUCAUCACAGCAAGGCAAGUGGAAAUACGAGGUUGUCAGCUCGCCGGAUCUGCCGCGCGCGGCCGUCUUCCGCGGCAGCUACCACCGCUACUCGGACGUGUGGGCGUCACGGAUAUGGAACCACUUCCGCUGGGCACGGCUACUGGCCAACCAGCAGAUCCUGGAGCUGGCAGCAGAGUGCCCGCAGACCGCCUCGGGCGCCGCCGCGUUCAAGCUGCCGCCGGGGUCGAUCCCUUUCCGGGAGGACUGCGUCCGCGAGACGGUGUGCCGGCUGGCGGUGGACGUGCUCACGUCGGUGCCCACACACUACCGGCACCCGCGGCUGUCGUGGGAAGAGCUGGACAUGGUGCAGACACACGGUGGGGCGGGCUCGGGCGCAUUCGGCAUCCCGCACCUCACGUUCCAGCUCCGGGUUGCUGCGUGCGCGCCGGGGGUGCCGUAUGACGUCUGGCGGUGGGCCCUGGACACCCUGGAAACAAUAUGGUCCGAGCUGGGCAUGCUACAUGCCAAGAGUCUGGCCGAGGUGUUGAGGAGACACCAAGACAAGCUGGACAGGGAGAGAGCAGGAGGCACGAAGGUGAAGAUUGAGCAAGAGGCCGAUGGCUUGGGGAAACUGCCCGUGACAGUGUGAGAGAAGGUAUCAUAUUCCUUGGAUUUGGGCUCUUUUGAGCCUAUGCAAUUGUGCGAAUGUCUGUGGGGUCUGGAUAUUGAUGCGGGCUAGGUGUAUCCGAAGCACCCGAAAGACUCAUAAGACUCUAUGUGUAUAGCCAUGGUUUUCCGGGCAAGGGCCGGUUGCAUUUACAAUGCGGUGUGUUUUGAUUACUGAGCGAAGGGUUUGGGAUAUGGCGCAUACUUUUAUAAUGGUGUGGCUGUCCCUAUUGUGGACAUUCAUUAUGGUGUUAAAAGCAAGAUGCCAAGAUGGCAUAAGGUUUGGGUGAUAUUGGAUGAACAAUGGCACAUACUUAAUAUAUCAACAUAAGCUCUG